GCGGCUGUUGGGUGUGACGUCACGAGGUCCGCAGCUUGUCUCGUUUGCUUUGUGAGCGGCGGCGCUGGGAUGUUUUGGGCGGACUAGUGAGCUCAGCCUUUGAUUUGACAGAAACCCAAGAGAAGCAUGCAGAGUCCAUCUUUGACCCGGACGGACUCCAUCCCUGCCUCCUCAUCGGCCUCAGAGCAGCCCGUGGACAUGGUGGCUGAGCCGGAGCAGCAGGGACCAGAGGGACAGGCGGGGGACCACCCGGCAGUGGCUCCUGCAGACCCCCAACCACCAGAGACGAGUCAACACACCCAAGGGGGAGCACAGAGCCCUGCAAAUGUAGCGGCCAUGCCAACAGCAGAGGCUGAAGAUGAUGCCAAGAGAAGCACUGAGAGCAGCAGUGGAGCGAAGACAAACGUGCAGACCGUCAGGAGAUACGUCCCUUCCAAGAAAGCAAUGAUAGAUCCUCUGAAGAUGGAUAUGACCAAAUCGCUGGUUGAGCCACUCUCAUCCUCUCAGCUCUCUCUGCACUGCGUCGAGUGCCACAUCAUCUUCAGUGACCACAAGAGCAAAGACCGCCACGUGAAGCUGAAACACCCAGUAGAAUAUGAAAAGCGCAACCUGAAAAACGCCCUUUUUGCAUGUUACGUGUGUGACCGCCAUUUUACCAACUCCACGGACCUCAUGGCCCACCAGAAGGCCCACACUGAGAAGAAACCCUUCAAGUGUCCCGUGUGCGAUCAGGCCUUCAGGAGGUCCUCCGAGCUCACCAGUCAUAAAAAAGCUCAUUUCGGCCUGUUCGGCUACACCUGCACGGAGUGCGGCAAACCCUGCAAAACGCUGACAUUGCUGAAGUAUCACCAGCGUACGCACACAGGAGAGAGGCCGUACGUCUGCAAGGAGUGUGGGAAGAGGUUCCCCAUGCCGAAAGCUUUGCACAAACACAUGAUCUCCCACUCUCCAGAGGGAGCUGAAGGAGAAGAAAAAGACGACGCUGCCAAAAAACGAGCAAAGAAAGAUGAAGGUUCUCCUCCUGUCAAACUCCACUGCUCCAUGUGCAAGGCCACUUUCAAGAACUCCAAGACUCGCCAGCGGCACAUGAAAAUCAAGCACAACGUCCUCCCAUCAGGGCAAAGCAAACCUGUUAUCACCCCCAUUUCGAUCUCACAGCCCACGCGGUUGCAGCUAGAGGCCGCUGGACCUCUGCAAAAAGUUGAUGCCAACAUCGACACAGCGCAAAUACGCAAACUUAUAGAGUCGCUGGGCACUGUGAAGAAAGUGAACCAAGUGGUUCUGUUGGGUCAGGUGCCGGGUUACGCUCCACCACUGGAAUUGCAGGCGGAUUCGCAGCCAGCAGGGCCUCUGGAUCCCGAUCUAAGUCCACCGCAGAUCGAUUUUGGAGGACUGAAGCCGCCCGAAUCCAAGACGACUGGACUGGACACUUCCAAUUAUCCGUGUGGGUUCAUGGACCAAACCAUCAUUCUGGAACCCAUCACUCCUGAUGGAGAAACCCCCCCCCUGUCAGAGCUGGCAUCCUGUGUAGCAGCAGGCGAAACUGCACAGACUGUGGGAGAGGUGGUUCAGAGGCCCCUGACCAGUGAAAUUCUCUUGGAUAAUAUGACCUGCCAGAACGAGGAGAAUGACCUUGAACAAACAUUCAUAUUAGAACUCACCCCAGCUUUGACACCAACUGCAGAACUGGAGCACUCCCAGACUGAACCACAGAAUAUGGCUCCGUCCUCCUCUCUGGUGCUGAACACGGACCAGGAGGCUGCAGAUCAAACUGCCAAAAAGUCUGCCCUCAAUGGGCAAGACGCCAGCCUGACAGAACCGCCACUUGUCUCCACAGCCCAGCUGGAUGGAACAUCUCCUUCCUUAGACCCAGAGCACAAAGAACUUCCCUCCAACCCUUUGGAUUCACCAGAUAAACCCUCACAAGUUGGCCCCAAUGAAGGCGAUGAUGCAUGUACGAAGAUGACGGGUCAAGACCAGUUGAGUGAGGGCGAAUUAAAGACACAGGAACACAAUGGAGAGCAUUUGUCUGAGAAAUCUGGAAUGGAAGGUAAGAAGAACCAUUCAGAAGUGGAGUCGUCUUCUAAAGCGGCAGUCCCGUCUGACAUGCAGUCAAAACAUGUUCCUCAGACCUCAGAACUGGCCCUGAAUGUCAUGUCUGCUCAGGAGCUGGUGAAAGUGCGCAAAAGAAAGCCGGCCAGGACGUUUUUCUUUCCAGGAUACAUUCAAGAUCUGGCCGGGUCCAUUUACAAAGACGACUUUCUGAUCGACGCCAAACCAGCCAAGCGGCAAAGAACAAAAAAGUCUCAUCUUGUUGUGAAAUUCAGUCCUCAGAGCAAAGACAAGAAAAAUAAGAAAAAAAAGCAGGAACCGCAGCAGCCAAGACCAGAAGAUCUGACUAAAGGUAAAGCUCCGGCUAAGAGAACACCUGAGAAAAAGAUGUCCUUGUCACCAAAGAAAGGAGCAAAGGGAAAAAAGGAUGCUGCAGGGGGGGGCGGAGCAUCAGGAGUUGUCACAAAGUCCCCUCCAACCCCAGUUGCACAGGAGAAACAAAUCAAAGAAGAUGUGGGUAAAAACAAACUAAAAAAAAAAAAAGUAGGGAACGAAGAUGCACAAACGAGUGGGCAGAAGGCCGCAGCUUCACCUGUGUUCAAAAAGAAAAAGCAACCAAAGGUUAGACAAGAAGUUUCACCCAAAAGUGCAAAAACUGAAAGAGCUAGGAAAAAAACACCAACCAAAAAAGUCAAAAAGCCAGAAGAACCGAAUUUAAACGCAGUACAAGACUCUCUGCUUUUAUUAAAAGGCCAUAAGCAGCCCCAGCUCAAAGUUUACAAGCUGGACCCUUCCAGGGCGUCGAGUCAGCCUCAGGACGCCUCCGUCUCCAAGAAAAAGGGAGGACGGGCAAAGAAAGCUCUGUCCCUCAUGUCUUCCUUGAAGUCUUCUCAACCUCCACCCGAUGCUCCGCCCAACAAGCCAAAGGCCACCAGAAAACGCAAAGCCUCGUCGAAAGUGGAAACUGAAGGAGUCAUAACCUCUAAGCGAGCCUUGGAGUGCAAAGACUGUGGGGAAAAGUUCAGUGACGUCUCAUCGCUUCAGAAGCACAAAACGACCGCACACACCGUAGAGAGUCCAAGUCUCACCUACACCAACGGAAACAUAUUUGAGGGCGUCUCCAGGUUGGAGUUUUACCCGUCCCCGAAGGUGUAUGACGGCGGAGCCGCGGGAAAGAAUGCAGCAACAGGGUGGGACACUGAGCCAGAGAUGGGAGAGAUGACUGUGGAGGACAGGGAGCAGAAUGUCUCUUUCCCAGCUCUGAUUCCAUCCCCAUCUCUGCCGGUUUCUCCUCCAAAUGUUGACAUAAAUGCCUUCCAGGGGGCAAGUAGAAGAGACGAGAACAAAGCCUCCCCUUUAGAUGUUUGCUCUCGGCCCCGUGACAUGACUGCUGGCAAGGAUCGCACAGAUUUCCUAGAGUCCGCUCAGGCGAAGUCCUCUGAGAGGAGGCCGCUGUUUCCACCAGAAUGUGCCUCAAAGAGCCCCAACUCUGAAUGUGAAGCCCAGGGAACCACCGAGGAAGACUUCAAGGAAGAUCUACUUCUAGAGGUUGACUUGGUUACUGUUGGGGAACAGAAUGAGAGAGACAGAAGUUCUCUGGAUGAAGACACUUCUACCCAAAAAGAUUUAAACACCAGUGAUUCUGAAAGUGAUAAACACCCCGAGCAGAUUUGUGAUGGAAGGAGUGAAAAUGAGGUAACUUCAAAGACUGUGUUUUGCUCAACCAAUCAGGUGAAAGAAGAAGAGGAAGAGAUGUUGGUGCAGAGGAGAGGAGAGGACCAGAAGAGCGUUGUGAUGAGUAGACGUAGGAGAAGAGGCUCAGAGCCCAGAAGAGGAGAUGCCAUAAGAAAGACGGGAUCUGUUGGAGAGUCUCAGACGGAAACUGAAAGUGAGCAGGAUGAAUGUCAGGUGGUUUAUGAGAUACACUCCGUCUUCUCGGACCAGGAGUCUGACACGAAGACCAGCCCUGGAUUCAGGACCAUGAAAGGCCCUGCUUCUGUUGCGUUCAUCCCUUCUGGUCCUUCAGCGUUUGACAAAUCCUCUGAAGAGCGUGUAGUGCUGGAGCUGGAGUCUGUAACCACUAGUGUUCAGGAAGUGAUGAACGAACACAGGCUGCAUGGAGACGGGGAGACGGACAGGGAAGCAGACCAGUCUCCAGGCAUCGUGCUGGAGAGGUUCCUGACCUCCAGACAAAGAUCUUCUGACAAAGAGGCCUCCUGCAGGGCUGCAGACCAACGAGAGGGUUUUGAUGGUGUUUCUGAGAAAGAAGUACAGUUUGUUGGGAGCCAGGAGAUCAAAGUUGAAGAGACCCCGCCGGACCCCACACUGCAGCCCCCUGCCUGUCAAAGCAGGCAGAGGGCCGGUCUCCAUCCACAGCAUAAUCGAGCCAUACGGACCGUUCUAGUGAAAGAGGAGAGCGGCCCCCUGCUGAACGCUGCUCUGGACGCCCAAGGCAGCAGACGGAUGCAGUGGGCAGUGGAGCCAAUCAGCAGCGGGGGGGCCGAUGGGCCGUUAAUUGAGAAUGGGCAGAGCCCCAAUGAGGCACGCAGGAGUCCAGAGUUCAACACCAAGCAGUGCAUCUUCUAUCCAGUGAAGGAGGAGGAGCGGGAACUUCUGCUGGCAUCUGCUCAGACCAACGCUGACACCUUCAGCCUGGAAGGCUUCGGUGAUGGAGCCCCAGCUGAGCAUCAACCUGCAGAGUGUGAUGCAUAUGGAGGAAGACUCUCUGCUGCAGGCUACCAGAAUGGAAGCCUGCUGUCAGAACCAGAGACUUCAGACUUCACUGACAGUCAAGCUUUCUCUGACUCGGAGUGGCAGCCGUCAGAUGUGCGGGACUUUCUACUCAAGAGUUGUGAUGACGACGUGAGCGGCUUCGAACUGCCUGAUCCUCAGCGUGACACAGAAGCAGAAGUGAUGGCUUACUUCAACAGGAAGCAGUCCAGCAGCUCGCAUGAGCCCAAUCACACAUCCGCGAGUUUUUCAACAUCGAGUCAUCUGCAACCCCAGAUGAAUGGAACCAGGACCAGAGAGCCCAUUGAUUACUUUUCCAAAUAUUUUGGUUGGGAUACUUGGGCAGAAACUUCAACUUGCACAAACAAACUCUGCAAAAUGUCAGAUCCUGUCACGUCUGUAGACGUUGCACGGUUUGUUGGUAUCCACAUCGCCAUGGGAACUUUGAAGUUUCCCAGUCCAAGGCUUUACUGGGAGGACUUGACGAAGGUGCCCCUGAUUGCUGACGCCAUGCCCCUGACUCGCUUUGUGGAGCUGUCCCGUACGUUACAGCUACCUUCUCCUGCUGAAGAGCAGCCACCUGGUGAUGGACAGUCCAGAGAUGACGAGGGGAGGGACUUGAACUGUUCACCAACACAGAUGGAUCCUCUGUGGAAGGUCCAGCCAAUCCUGGGCCGCUUCAAUGCUGAGUGCCAGUCGUUGAGAAAGGAGGACAACUAUGCCGUUGACCAGUAUCCACUUCCUCUGACCUGCAAGACUCGCGAAAGUGGGCCGUCUCUGCUCUGCACUGCACUGAUUGGACUUGGUGGUUUACUCUUGCAUGUGGAUCUCAAUGUGGAUCCCCCAGAUAAAGAAGGUGUCGUAGAAAAGAUGGCGCCUAAAAGUAGCAUGGUGUUUCUUUGCAAACAGGAGCUUUCCACCCCUGCCAUGAUGGAACGCCUUUUAGAUGCUGGGGUUCACGCGGCCGGUAAGGUGGGAGGAGCUCGAGGACAAAUCGGAGAUGAGUUUGUGAGCUCCGACGGGAAGCUGAUGCUCCGCAGAUCCCACAGCGGCUUCAUACUUUCUACAGCGGGGAACGGUCGGAGGAGCAUGGCUUCCCUCACCAGCAGCUUCCAGAAGGCCCAGAUGUCGGCUCGCCUCAACAGAGAUUUGCUAAACCUGUACUCCACACCUCUCACGGCCACGCCUCCACACAGCUGGCCCCAAGCGGUGCUCUGGUACCUCAUCGAUUUGGCUUUGGUGAACUCCUGGCUUUUGUACCGAGAAGAUCACGGGGCAGCUGCUGGAGCUUUGACUUUCAUGGCUUUCAGGCUGGAUGUUUCCAAGGCGCUGACCCUCUCCGGCAGCUCAGACACACAGGACUCCAUUCCUCCUCAGCCUCCAUCAGAGGAAACCCACGGGACAAGCCAAACGCCCAGUCCCAUGCUGGUGGAGGACAGCCCCCUGCCCGACGCCGCCACCCGCUACGACGGCGCAGGCCACUGGCCGGAGCAGCUGGCAGAGGGGGAAGGGGGCAGGUGUCGUUUCGGGGACUGUCAGAGGACGUCGCGAGUUUUGUGUCUGAAGUGUUGCGUCUUUCUCUGCAUCUCACGAAAUCACAACUGCUUUUUGAAUUUUCAUAACCAGGACAAUAUAGGCAGAAAAUAGUCUUUACUACUGUGUACUUGUAGUUUAUUUCACAUUGUGUUUUUAGAAUGUAAUGCUCUACAUACACCCUGAUUCUGCACAUCUUUUUAUUGAUGCCCUUUUAAUCUGUAGAGUCAUAACCGUGACCUUAUCGUUGACCUUUGUGAUGCGACAUAACAAGCCCUUUAAGAAACAGUGUUUUUUAUAAAAGAUGAAUGAAAAAAGGGUGACUACAGAGACUAUGGAGAUGAACUGUGAAGAGAAUUGAUUUUAGUUUACAUUCGACUGUGAGCUGCUUUUUGGAUCCCAUCCGUUUCACUGUUAUUUAUUCUGACAAUAAAAGACAAAUAAAAGCAUAAAUGAUCUGUA